CUUUUACGCAUCCCCUAUACACGCCGAAAAGAGACGAAAACCCUAAACUCUGAAAACAGGGUCCCAAAGGGCCAAAACCACCCCCCCGAAGCCUCGCUUGCUUGUGCAGCUCCAAUGGCGACCGAAGCACCAGAUCAAAAUCAGACCCCACCGGAGGCCGCCAUUCAAUCCAUCACGAUUUCUGACUUCCAAGCGGAGGUGCCAUCCUCGAGCUCCUUGAACCCAACCAACGAGAUGAGUUUGGAGGAGAAGUACCAGAUCGUGAGGAGUGUUGGAGAGGAGUGUAUUCUCGAAGAUGAGCUGCGAAAUCUACUGGAUAAGAAGCCCGAACCGAUCUGUUACGAUGGGUUCGAGCCCUCUGGCCGAAUGCACAUCGCUCAGGGAGUUAUGAAGGCUAUAAACGUGAACAAGCUGACAUCUGCAGGGUGCAGAGUGAAAAUAUGGAUUGCAGAUUGGUUUGCCCAGCUAAACAAUAAGAUGGGGGGUGAUUUGAAGAAAAUUGAGACUGUUGGGCGCUACUUGAUUGAGAUUUGGAAAGCUGUUGGAAUGGAUUUGGAAGGAGGAAAAGUUGAAUUUUUGUGGUCAUCAAAGGAAAUUAAUUCAAGGGCACAUGAGUACUGGCCGCUUGUUAUGGAUAUAGCUCGAAGGAAUAAGCUCCCGAGGAUAAUCAGGUGUAGUCAAAUUAUGGGUCGAAGUGAUCAAGAUGAGUUGACUGCAGCCCAAAUUCUCUACCCAUGCAUGCAGUGUGCUGAUAUAUUUUUCUUGAAGGCCGACAUUUGCCAACUGGGAAUGGAUCAGCGGAAAGUGAACGUACUAGCAAGAGAGUAUUGUGAUGACAUCAAGAGGAAGAACAAGCCUAUUAUUUUGUCACACCACAUGUUACCUGGUUUACAGCAAGGGCAGGACAAGAUGUCAAAAAGUGAUCCAUCGUCCUCCAUUUAUAUGGAAGAUGAUGAGGCUGAAGUGAAUUUGAAGAUAAAGAAAGCUUACUGUCCUCCAAAGAUUGUGGGAGGCAAUCCUUGCUUGGAGUAUGUUAAGUAUCUGGUUUUACCUUGGUUUAAGGAGUUUGUUGUAGAGCGCAAUGCAGAUGAUGGCGGUUGUAAGACCUACAAAAACUUUGAGGAAUUGAUUGCUGACUAUGAAAGUGGAGAGUUACACCCAGGUGACCUUAAACCGGCUCUGUCAAAGGCAUUGAAUAAGAUACUUGAGCCCGUAAGAGAACACUUUAAGAAAGACAAUCAUGCCAAGGAUCUAUUGAAAAGGGUUAAGGCUUAUAGAAUUACAAGGUAAUGCGGAAUGGAGCCUUCGACUCUUGUUCUUUUCGAAUUGGUGGAUGUAAGGUCUGAUAUGUGGCAAUCGGCUUGCUGCCAUUGCACUCAUUUGAAACAUUUAUCACGUUAGUACUGCCGACUGCCGUUCUAGGCCACUUGUAUUCUUUUAGAAAGAAACGAUCGUGUGUUCAUUGUUCAGAUAUUUGUUACUUAAUUAUGUUUCAGAUGACUAAGAGCAAGGCAAAACCUAGAGAUUAUACGUUUGCUUUUUAUAUGCAACUAUCAAAUAAAUGCAUUUUCAACAUA